AUGCGCAGAAUUCCAUUGCCACUGGAGGACGCUGUUGGAAGGAAAAUUGACGAACUUUUGAAGCGUGACGUGAUCGAAGUAAAAAGUGGCCCAACCAGCUGGGUGUCCCCGCUGGUGGUUGUUGGCAAGGCUAAUGGAGAACCACGGUUGUGCCUAGACUUGCGCCGAGUAAACGAAGCUGUGCUCAGAGAACAUCACCCAAUGCCAGUAGUCGAGGACUACAUUGCUCGCCUUGGCCGAGGUAAUAUUUGGAGUAAGCUUGAUGUGAAGGAGGCGUUUCUACAAAUAGAAUUGGCUGAGGAUUCCAGGGACCUUACGACUUUCAUCACGAGUCGCGGGCUGUUUCGCUUUAAGCGGCUCCCGUUUGGACUCGUCACAGCACCUGAAGCAUUUCAAAAAGCGAUGGACGAGAUUUUGGCAGGCUGCGAUGGUGCGUACUGCUAUCUUGAUGACAUAAUCAUAGAAGGGAAGGAUGUUAACGAACAUGACAAUCGCCUAGAGAAGGUAGCGUGA